AUGGCUUCGGCCCGUACUCCAUCCGUGUCCCCUUUUUUGAAGGAGGCAGCGGAUCUCAAAAUCACAGAGUUGUAUAAUGCGAGAGACGACUUCACAAAUCGCUAUAAUGCCAACCAGAGCAUAAUUCAGGCUGGCGACGAUGCACUGAAGAAAGUUACCGCACUCCUCGAGGAGAUGAAGAGGCUCGAUCCUUAUCUCGAAGAUGAGGACGACUUCCAGGCGAUAUCUCGAUAUCUCGAGCAGGCGAAGAAUGACAGUUCGAUUUCGGAUGCAAAACUUGGCCGAUUCGAGAAGCAAUUGCUCGAGAAGCUGAACAUGCACGGAAAUCGAUUGGAGGUAGCGGUCUUCCAAGUAGGGCUCCUGAAGGAGUUUCUGAACAAGAAGGAAGCCGCGGCCGAUCUCGCCCCUACGCUUGAGCAAAUGGAGCUCGAAGACGGAUUCGAACUCGUUGAAGGUGAAUUAGAGAACGUAUUUGAGACUUUUGAGAAAAACGCGUUCGCUUCCAAGCCCGUCAAUACAGAGGGUAUUGAGAAGUACCUGGAUGAGGCUUUCGGUGACGAUAACUCACAGGUGGCCUUGGACCGGCUUCGGGACGACAUCAAGUUUUAUGCUACUGAUGUCAUGGAUGGCAGCAUAGAAUUGGCCGACGAGGAGCUUGAAUGGUGCAUUCGUGACCUCCUAUCCAACGGGCUGCUCAGCGACGACAAGAGAAAGACGUUGGAGGGAUACCUGCAAUCGCCGGCGGCUAUUCGUGAAAUCAAGAGCACGCUGAACAUGAAGACCAUCCGCCAUUGGAACUGGCGAAAGGAAAACGGCCUGCCGGUUGUUGCACGUCAGAACGAAGAUGGCAAGUACUGCAUCACGGUGGAAGAGGAUCUUACAGAUACUUUGUUUCACCACACUCUCGCCAUUGGAUUCUCCGCCAAACUCAGGACCUACCUCGAAGACCUGGUCGAACAUCCCAAUGUAUGGCCAAAUACCGCAGCUACCAGCCCGGCAGAGUACGAUAGAAAGGACUACUAUCUGCACCCCUUCCCAAUCGGUCGUCCUAUGAGGCAGCCUUUGCCGAGAGCUUCCGUCUGUACCGUUUGCCAUGGUCCGCCUCCUUUCCCUCCGCCGAUGCCUCCACCAAUGCCCCCACCGAUGCCACAUGUGCUUCCCGGACACGUAAUGCCACCUCCCCCUCCGCCCCCUGGUGAACCAUUCCCCAUAAUCUAUCCACCCGCUCCUCGAAGAAGGGUUGCAAAGAAGGGAAGGCGCGGCGGUCCCGUCUACCGUUGGACUGUCAGCGGCGAACGCUCGCAGAUAUACAUGCGUGAAUUCUUCCUUUCCCGCCUCCCAACCGACUUCGCAUCCGCAUAUAAGUCUAAAGAUGUGAACGCGACCCAGGCAGAGCUCAUCAAAAACCUUGCCGUAGAGAGUAAACUCCGUGAGCGCUUCGAUGGCGAAGUCCAUGGCUUCACUGCCAACUUCACAUCUUUUGCCUCGUCACUCCCUCACGACACCAUCUUGACCGUUCUCAAGUACAUUGGCAUGCCCGAGCAAUGGCUCGAGGUUUUCAAACGAUUCCUGCGUGCUCCAUUGAACAUGGGUCCCAUCGUGAGGGGUAGCUCCGAUAAAGUCGUAACGCGGACUUGCGGCGUCCCCAUUGCUCACGGUUGGGAGCAAUUCUUCACUGAGCUGAUCCUCUUCGUCCUCGAUUUCGCCGUCAGAAAGAAGACAAAUAACUUCCUCUAUCGUCUCAGGGACCAAUGUUACUUCGUUGGGAAGAAGGAGCAUUGUGACACUGUUGCAGAAAUCUUCAAGACCUUUACCGAUGCUUUUGGUCUUAACUGCGAGUAUGGAACGAUGGCGAAGUCCACCCUCGGACAUGUUGUCUUCAAGGUAGUGGAUGGCAAGGUUUCGUAUGGACUUGAUGACGAGAAAACCGACGCCUACGCCCGCCGCGUCAAGAAGCAGCUGUCGACCUGCACCACCGUGAUCGACUGGGUCCGCACUUGGAACCUUACAGUAGGAACCUACGCAAAGCACCUCUUUGGGCCUCUAGCCAACAUAUUCGGCCGUGAGCACGUGGAUCUUGUCACGAAAUCGUACAACCGCAUUCAUGAAAUCAUUUUCGAUUCCAGCAACCUCAACACAUACGUCACACAACUCCUCCAAAAGCACCUCCCCAAAUCCCCCAACGACCCACUCCCCAUCGAACCCCUAAUCUACCUCCCCUUCGCCUUCGGCGGCGUCGGCGUGAAAAACCCAUAUACGACCCUCAACCUCGCCCGGCCUGCCCUCACGGACCCCAAGGAAGAAUUCGACAGCCUCCUCGACGACGAGACGAAGCACUUCGAAGCCUUCAAGAAGAGCUUCGACGCCAUGCGGCCCCAACAACUCGUCGACCGCAUGAAGGAGAUCUUCGCAGACGACAAACACCGCCUGACACAGUCCUUCCCCGGCGCCGACACCCCCACCUCCUCCGACAACACCACCGCAGACCGCGAAACGCUAACCUACACGCCCCUCGCGCUGCCCCCCUUCGGCGGCCCCAUCGCCGCCCCGCCCCCCUUCCGCGUGCUCCCCAACCCGCACGCGACGUUCCAAUUGCUGCUCGCGGAGCCCGUCUCGCACAUCUUCACGUCGGACCGGGUCUGCGAGUCGGUCAACGACAGCGCGGGCAAGGGCGACAUCAGGAGGUGGCGGCACGUCAGCGCAGAGGACAGGUGGGUGCUGCAGAUGUACGCGGACGAGUGCUUCGAGCGGUACGGGAGGGUUAUGGUGUGGGCUGUCGAUGCGGUGCCGCUCGAGGCGCUGAAGGCGGCUAGGGGCAUCGCACCUGAGGCGCGCUCGGCCGCCGGACGGGACGUCGAUGACGAUUCUUGCUGCUCGAGUGAGGUCUGA